GCGGGGUAGGAAGAACCACGUACACAUGCAAGGCCUUUAAAUUGUAGACAAUUAGUUGAGGUUAGAAGGCAUCGAGCUAGCUCUGAGAGAGAACUUUGAGAUAGGGCUUAUCUUCUUCUACUUUCAUGAUCAGUAUCCUGUUAUCUCCAUAAAAGCUAGCUCCAAGUUUUUGGCUUUCAGAGAAAAUAUUCUCCUACAAAGAAGAAGAAAAAAAAAAUAAAUCGUAAACGAUAUCUGCCACCAUGUUUAGUUUUAACAUGAUUUUGGAUGAGCUUCCCGAGCGCAUCAACCAGCUCAAUCUCAGCUUCAUAGCACCCCUUCUCUGCCUAGCCCUUAUAUUUGUGUUAUCAAGUAUUUUCCGGGCCAAGCGCUCACGCAAAGUUUUCUUGUUAGAUUUUGCAUGUUACAAGCCGCCAGCCACUCAGAUGUGCGGCAAAGAAAAGUUCUUAGAUCGUUUCAGGAUCUAUGGGAACUCCAACGAGAACAGUAUAGACUUCAUGAGGAAAUGCUUGGUGAGAUCGGGGCUAGGUGAAAAGACAUACAUGCCCUCCAAUUUGAUGAGGGAUCCCCCGAAUCUGAGCCUAGAGGAGACAAGGAAGGAGGUUGAGUCCGUCAUGUUUGGGGCGGUGGAUGCGUUGUUGGAGAAGACCGGAGUGAAUCCUAAGGAUAUUGGGAUUGUGAUAGCGACUUGUACCAUUCUUAACGUUGAGCCGUCUCUUGCGGACAUGGUAGUAAACAGGUACAAGCUUGGAGAUCAUGUUCUGGUCUACAAUUUUACGAGCAUGGGCUGCAGUGCUGGACUUCGAGCCAUUGGCCUUGCCCAAGGCCUACUCCAGGCGCACCCUAACACCUAUGCCCUUCUGGUCAGCCCAGAGAACACCCAGCAAAUGAUCUACAGAGGCAACGGAAAGUCGAAGCUCCUAAUGAAUUUCCCACUCCGUGUUGGUGGGGCCGCCGUCCUCCUCUCGAACAAGCCGUCCGAUCAAUGCAAGGCCAAGUUCCAGCUCCUCCAUUCCGUCCACACCCACACAGCCAGUUCUGACAGCUCAUACCAGAGCAUAUACGAAAGCGAGGACGAUGAAGGAUUCGGAGGCGUAACCGUCUCCAGAGAGCUGUUAUCCGUGGCCAUCGGAGCCGUCGAAGCCAACAUCCGCGCACUGGGUCCCCUGGUCCUUCCCUUAUCUGAAAAAAUCCGAUACCUGACAAACUAUGUAAUAAGAUAUUUCAACAUGGCGGAGGUGAAACCCUACACACCAAACUUAAAGAAAGCAAUAGAGCACGUGUUCCCCCAUGUAGGGACGAAGCCAGUGCUGGAUGAGUUUGAGACAAACAUGGGAUUUAAUGCGUCCGAUGUUGAAGCUUCGAGGAUGAACUUGUACAGGUUUGGGAACACUUGUAGUGCCUCCGUUUGGUAUGCGCUGUCGUACGGAGAGGCCAAAGGGAAGAUCAAGAGGGGUGACCGUUUGUGGCAGAUUGCAUUUGGAUCUGGGUUCAAGUGUAGCAGUGCAGUUUGGAGAGCAUUGAGGAAUGUUGAUGAUGAUGAGGAAAGAAACCCGUGGAUCGAUGAGAUACAUGAAUUUCCUGUGGACUUGAGGAACAUGAAAAGUUUUGCCGAGGCUUUCGACCCUGCCAAAAAGAUGUGAAAAAAAAAACAGUAUAAGGUUGGGGGGUGGGGGGGUUUGUUGGUCCACGAUGGAAGAAUGAAUUUUCUUAUUUUUUUUAUUUUUAUUUUUUUUUUUUCACGUCCGCACAAGAGGAGUGAAGAAUUUGAACUAGUGACCUCUGCUUCGUUAGGCAUGGUCUUAGUCACUUUAACUAUCGCUUUAACUACCUUUUAGAGACAAUGGAAGAAUGAAUUGAUGUAGUAUUAUG